GCAAUGUGCGCUCCGCUCCAGAAAGCCGCUUCCCCUUCCCGCUGCAGCCGGGGCUCCUACGGCGCCGUUCCCGGGACACCCCCGGCCGGGAGCGGCGUCCAGGUGCGCGGGGCGGGGCUGCGGCUCGACCCGCCCCCGCGGCGCCCGAGGCGGGACCGGUGUCUGCGGCCGCAUCCCCGCCACGACGGGCGGCUGAGAGUCGGCUUCGUUCUGCUCCGCUCCGCCGCCCGCUGCUCGGCCAUGUCCCUCUGCAGGACCGCCUCGCAGGCGCUGGCCUCCCUCCUGAGCAGGGCUCCUGCCGCCGCCAGCCGCCUCAAGCAGCGUGCGCCUCCUCGCCAGAUGUCAUCUGGGAGUGUUCCUGGCUCUUCUAGAGACAGCAUGAUGAUCUAUCUGCUUGCUGGUGUUGCUGUUGGUGGUUUAUUUUAUGCCUACAGAGUAGUCAGUUCACCCCGCAGCAAGUUUGUUGAACAUAAAAAUAUUCUUCAUGAGAGAGCCGAGGGGCAGAAAAGCAAUCCUUGGUCAAGAAAGGAAGGUGAUGGAGAAAAGGUGGAUGAAGUCACUGGAGCAGAGAAGACCAUGGAAGAAGCUGAUGCAGCAGCUUCUGUUGAACCUGCAGCACAGGAUGAGAGUGCUGGACCUACAGCACAGGAUGAGACUUCUGGGGUAUCUCCAGAAGCUGGAGGGGAGAAUGACUUACUGGCUCCAGAGGUAUCCCAUGCUAUGGAAGAAGCACAGCAGGAAGCUGCUGCUAAUUUGGAACUUGCUGCUAAUUCAGAAGCUUCUGCAGUUCAAGUUUCUGAGGAGGAGAAGACAACUGAAGAAGUUGGUAAAGAACCCUAAAGUAAACAGUGUGGACGUCUUUGAAAAGUUUAAUGCAAAUAUUUGUGGCAAUUAACCAGCUGAUUCCUGUGUGAAACCUCUCUUCCUUGAAGACAUAAAAGAAACUGUGCAGUUUGUCCUACCACACAUUGGUCACUAUGGCCAGUAUUCAGUGCUGAAGGAAAUGAAUUGCAUUGCCUAGAGAAAUGCUUCUGUGACUAACAACUCUGCUGUAGAAAGUAGCAUCCAGUCAAGCCACUCAGCAUGUCCUAAAUACAUGUGCUAAGAGAAGCAGUAUGAUGCCAGAUGAACUCCUUCUAUGUCUUUGUUGUCCUGAUACGUACAUUGAUUUCUUACUUUUGGUCCAAACUGUUGUGCAUAGUUAUACAUUAGCAUUCCAUGCUAAAAUGUAAGCAAAAGGUUUUAAAAUCAGGCCAAAAUAUUAUAAA